AUGUCAGACAAUUCAGAUAAUAUGUUGACCUAAUCUACAGGUUGUCCAGUAGAUGACAACCAAAACUCUUUGACUGCAGGAGAAUAUGGACCCAUUCUUUUAUAGGAUACUCAUCUCAUUGAUAAAUUAGCUCAUUUUGAUAGAGAGAGAAUUCCAGAAAGAGUUGUACAUGCCAAGGGAGCAGGUAUUUCAUAUUUUAGAUAUGUAAAGGUGCUUAUGGAUACUUUGAAGUGACAGGAGAUGUGACAAAGUAUACAAAGGCCAAGUUUUUGGAUACAGUAGGCAAAAGAACACCAAUUUUCACAAGACUCUCUACUGUGGGAGGUGAAAAGGGAUCAGCAGAUUCUGAAAGAGAUCCAAGAGGGUUUGCUGUUAAAUUUUACACUGAAGAAGGCAAUUAUGAUAUGACUGGAAACAACACACCAGUCUUUUUUAUUAGAGAUCCAAAUAAAUUCCCAGAUUUUAUUCACACAUAAAAAAGAAAUCCCUAAACUAAUUUGAAGGAUGCUAAUAUGUUUUGGGAUUUCUUAAGUUUGGUACCUGAAAGUGCUCACUAAGUCACUAUACUCUUUUCUAAUAGAGGUACUCCAGAUGGAUUUAGACAUAUGAAUGGAUACACAUCUCAUANGGAUGAAUAUCAAAAAAUUUUAUAUGAUUAUUCACUAUUAUAAUUGUAGAUAAAUUUUGAUUAUUUUAUAUAAUUCUUUAGUUAUGAGGGAAUUAGUGUGGGUCCUUGA